AUGUCUCACUCUUUCAUUGCUUGGAACGUGCGUGGGUUGGGAAACCCAAAUAAGAGAGCAAAAAUUAAGCGGCUUUUGAAGAGAUGGAGACCUUCUAUAGUGGGCCUCACGGAAACUAAAUGGCAUAAGUGUGACAAAAAUUUGAUCUCGUCACUUAGUGGUUGCAAAUCCAGUGAGUGGGUCACCAAAGAUUCAGUCGGAGCUAGUGGUGACAUUGCCAUUUUUUGGGAUCCUACUAUCUACUGGGUUUUGACGGUUUGGGAAGGCCGAUUCUCCUUAGCUGUUCGCUUGAAGAUAAUUGAAUCCGAGGACAUCAUUUCCUUCUUAGUUGUUUAUGGACCUCAGGACAAGAAAGAGAAACUUGAAUUCCUCAAGGAAAUCGAGUCAGUUUGCAGAGAAUACUUGGCUGCGUUGUGCAUUAUUGGUGACUUUAAUCUUGUCAGAUCAGAGGAAGAAUUCAUAGGGUGCCCUAGAGACUUGGAGAUCAUGAAUGAAUUAAACAAUUUGAUUAAUAGAUGCAAUUUGGUGGAUCUUCCGCUUCAAGGGGCUAGGUUCACGUGGAGUAGAGGAGGCGGGGAGAAUUAUGCUUCUCGUAUUGAUAGAGCGCUCAUCAAUUCAAGUUUUGAAGAUCUGCUAUCCCCGGAGACUCUGAUUGCUCUUGACCCUGUGGAGUCGGAUCAUAACCCGAUCCGGUUACAGUGGGGCUCAAUUGAACAUUUCAUCCAUCCUUGGCGGUUCGAAAAUAUGUGUUUUCAAGAAGAUUCUUUUCUGCAGAACUUGGUCGGGUGGUGGAGUAUCCCAGUCAAUGGGACUAGUUAUCUGUUCAGAUUUGGGCAAAAAUGCAGGCAAACCAAACUAAUGAUCAAGCAAUGGAACCGAGACCACUUUGGGAAAGUUGAGAAGCGCGUCGCUGAUAUUCUUUUUAGGAUAAAAAAUAUCGAUGAUGCUGAAGAAUCGGAACAGCUUAAUCCGUUGUUAUUAUCUGAAAGAGCUAUUCUCAAAUGUGAACUUGAGAAGGUCCUAAUCAUGGAAGAGAUCUUCUGGAGACAACAGUCUAGAAAAGUAUGGCUACAGGUGGGAGAUAAGAAUACAGGCUUCUUUCACAGAGUUGCUAAGGUGAAUAAGAGGAAAAAUCGAAUCAAGAGACUGGUGAUUGAGGGCAGGGUUUCAGAUGAUGGGAAUGAGAUUAAGAUUGCCUUCCAUAACCAUUUCUCAAUUAAGUUUGUGGAAUCGGAUGAGGAUAGACCUUUUCCAGCCAGAUACAGGGAUUGUAUGCUAUCUCCCGAGGACAAUGAAGACCUUGUGAAACCUUUUACGGAAUUGGAAGUUAGGCAAGCAAUUCAACAGUGUAAUGGGAGUAAAGCUCCGGGGCCGGAUGGAUAUUCGAUCGAGUUUUAUAAGAAAGCUUGGGAUAUCAUUAAAAGCGACUUACUGAAGGCAUUUGAUGAUUUCUUCCUUGCCGGCACCUUCCUCAAUCGACAGCUCAUACCUUCAUAUGUUUAUUGCCUAAAAAGGAUCCCUUCGAACUAG